ACGGUUUUCCUUUUGAAAUUAGUCUGCUUUAUAUGUUUCCUGCAUGUGUUCUUUCUCGCAAAUUUGAUCUGAGUUAUGAUCAUGACUGCACUGAUAGACAAGUAUUGAUUGAUAUUUUUCCAUUACAUAUACAAGAAAAAUGAGGCUUACUUUUAGUCUACUAAGAAGAACAGACUACUGGGACAGGUUCGUACAUCGUCUCGUAAGACGGUCCAUUGGACAACCUAAAUACAGACUCCUGAAAGGAUGGAAGGGAUGGGAGAAGGAUUGGUUCUUUACUAAGUAUGGACCAACAAAUCCUUUGGAGCUGAGAAUAAAUAGCUUAUACUUUGGAAGGAACCGACCUCAGAAAUUGAUUGUACCAUAUUAUGAACCCUACAUCUUUGAAAAAGAUCAGGUUAUGUGUAUGGUUGGAAAAGACAAAGGAAAAAUUGGAACAGUAGCUGUGGUUUAUCGAGAUGCCAAUGAAGUAGUACUGGAAAACCUCAAUGUGACAUAUGAAAUGAUAAAAACAAAUGAUGGAGAGCAAGCUAUUAGCAGACAAGUUCCUCUGAAAAUUCCGGAUGAAGUCAAACUAGUGGAUCCUGCUGACAAGAGAGCAACAGAUAUUAUAUGGCGGUACCUGGAGGAUGGAUCUAGAGUCCGAGUCUCUAAACACACUGGUCGUGUAAUUCCCAUACCUAUAAACGAAGAACAGAAAACCGAAGGGGAUGAGAUCGCAAUAAACUCAUAUGUUGCAAGCAAAACUAAAGAUACGGACAAGAAAGAAGUGAACAGAGUGACAUUUGUUCCCAAAUUAAAAUCAUUUGAACAAGAUAUCAUGGAUCAGAUGGGCAUUAAGGAGGAUCGACAGUACAGGAAGACAUUCUGGUAUUAAGUAAUUUGUACCAAGAAUGGACACAAAAGAAUUGUUGUUUUAAUAUAUGUAGUGUAAAAAUAAAUAAUGAAAAUUAA